AUGUCAAGUUUCCAAUCUCAAGCUAAAAAUUAUUUAUCUCAAAUUGAUAAAUCUACUAAAAGUUUUGCUGUUUUAGAUCAAUUUGAACAAAGAUCCGGUUUACCAAGAUCAUAUGCUGUUCUUGGUGCUGGUGGAUUAUAUUUCUUUUUAAUCUUGUUGAAUUUUGGUGGUAUUGGUCAACUUUUAUCUAAUAUUGCUGGAUUUGUCAUUCCAGGUUAUUAUUCACUUGUUGCCUUGAAAACCUCUACUAAAGAUGAUGACACUAAAUUAUUGACUUAUUGGGUUGUAUUUGCAUUUAUUAAUGUCAUUGAAUUCUGGUCAAACACUAUUUUAUAUUAUGUCCCAUUCUAUUACCUUAUUAAAACUGGAUUCCUUAUCUAUCUUUCUUCAUUUGGUGGUUCCACUUUGAUUUACAAUAGUGUGAUUAAACCACUUUCCGACAAGUAUGUCAAGGUUGAAAACCCAAUUGCUAGCAAAAUUCAAGAAACUGCUGAAGGUGUUUCUACUGGUGUCCACUAUUAA